CAUAUAUAGCUACUAAGCUAGCUUUGUUUGAAAAUGUCCACUCUAUGCUCAACAUUGAGGCGUUUGCAUCGUGUUCUGCCGGUUCAAAGGUCGACCAGGUUGAAGGUUCUCCUUUUGGCAGUACUGCUGUUCGUUAUUUUUGUCUACAUACACAGUGUAAGGGUACAUCACAGACAAUCUGCCGAGACAGACGACAUCCUGAUUUCGUGGGCCGAGCCAGAAAAAUGUCCGGCGUGUUUUGGGGACACCUGUGAACUUCUACGUCGAGGUCACUUCGUGAAGGUGCACAAAGGCAAGCCGCUAAAGAAAGGUAUCGCUUCCAUCGGGACUGUAGAUGGUAAAACGGCCAUUGCUAAAGUCCUCAGUGAAGAGUAUAUGUGGCAGAGAUAUGAGAGCUUUAUAUGUGGGACAACACCACGUACUGAUGCGUGCAAUCCUUCGUCUUUUAUACUGGAGACCAUAUUGGUCACCGAUGUUGCUUUGAAACCAGACUGGUUGCGGGAAGCGUGGAGAAUCUCCCACAAGGAGAAGUCAGCCUUGUCACUUUGUCUAUCUGCCAGGUUUCUGCAAGAAGUGACAAGGUUGUAUGUCAAAAGCGAGAAUACGGUAGUUGAUAGAGUCGGACGUGCGUUUCUCUCCACCUCACUUCUCCUAAACGAGGAGGCGGUCUUACUCCGAUAUUUCACUACUAAGUCUAAAACGCCUUGGCCCUUCCCCAAGUUUUAUGGGGCUUGUGGAAGAGUGAUUGUGGUGGAACAUGCGGGGAGGACGCUAGACACUUUCAUGGACUCUUCAUGGGAAGUUCGGGUUGACAUUGCUUUACAGCUGUUACAACUGGUGGACACCCUCCGCGAAAAGGACCCGGACUGGGUUCUGUUUUUGCUGGAUGUGUCGUUCCAAAACUUCGCAGUCGACAGUCGCGGCUGGGUUCGACUGAUCGACUUGGAUGAUGUGAUGGUGAUUGACAGGCGAACGGUUGUCAAUCAAGAACAGACGGGGAUGUGCAACGAGCAGUGUUACAUGGACUUCCAGAAGACAUUGUACAGCGAUGAGUAUCAUUGUGAGGACAUUUUCAAGUACACUCCAAUGAUGUAUGCCAGCAUAUGUGCCCGACUUUUGUCCAAUCUGCAAAAACAUCCAGAGCGGCGCAAUUGGAGCAAAACGAGUGAAGAACGUGAGGAGCAAAGAGUGGAGGUUGCGGGUAGCGUGGAAAGUGAUAAGCACUUUGAAGGACUUCUACACGACCCUCCGAAUAAAAUCAAGAGGCCGCUAGAGGGCGCACUUGGACGGUGUGUUCAGGAGACUCAACCCGGAGGUCGACUGGACGCAGUCUUCACUCUGCAGCAAAUCUUAAAGAUGGCAUAA